AUGAAUGACCAGUACCACCGAGCAGCCCGGGACGGCUACCUGGACCUCCUGAAGGAAGCCACCAAGAAGGACCUGAACUCACCGGACGAGGAUGGCAUGACCCCGACCCUAUGGGCCGCCUACCACGGCAACCUGGAUGCCCUGCGCCUUAUUGUCAGCAGAGGGGGCGAUCCAGACAAAUGUGACAUCUGGGGGAACACACCUCUCCACCUGGCAGCAGCCAACGGCCACCUGAACUGCCUUUCCUUCCUCAUCUCUUUUGGGGCCAACAUCUGGUGCCUGGACAAUGACUACCACACCCCGCUGGACAUGGCAGCCAUGAAGGGGCACAUGGAGUGUGUGCGUUACCUGGAUUCUAUUGCUGCCAAGCAGAGCAGCCUCAACCCCAAGCUGGUGAGCAAACUGAAGGACAAGGCCUUUCGGGAUGCGGAGCGGAGGAUUAAGGACUGCGUGAAACUGCAGAAGAAGCACCACGAAAGGAUGGAGAAACGGUACAGAAAGGAGAUGUCGGAUAAUUCAGACACCAUGAGCUUCUCCAGCUAUUCGAGUAGCACCUUAAGCAAGAAGUUCCAACACAUGUCUAUGGUGACUUCCCUGCCAUACUCACAAGCCACCAUCCAUGGCACAGCCAAGGGAAAGACAAAAAUACAAAAGAAGCUAGAGAAGAAGAAGCAGGUGGACGGGACGUUCAAGAUCUAUGAGGAUGGGAGGAAAAGCGUGCGGUCUCUGUCUGGUCUGCAGCUGGGGAACGACGUGAUGUUUGUGAAGCAGGGCACAUACGCCAGCCCCAAGGAGUGGACUCGGCGUAAUAUCAGAGACAUGUUCCUCAUGGACGAAGACACUGUCUCCCGUGCCAUAAGUGACCCAGGCUUGCACAUGGACUCAGCCCACUCAGAAGUCAGCACUGACUCUGGCCAUGACUCCUUGUUCAACCGCCCCGGGCUGGGCACCAUGGUGUUCCGGCGCAACUACGUCAGCAGCGGGCUUUUUGGGAUCGGCCGGGAGGACGCUGGCACGCUGGGUGAAGAUAACGCAGAUGGGGUAGGUGUCAAACUGCGGAGCCGCCUGCAGCGCUCGCCAAGUCUCAACGAUAGCAUUGGCAGUGCCAACAGCCUGCAGGAGAGGAACGCGGAGGAGCUACCCUGGGAUGAGGUAGAGCUGGGUUUAGAUGAUGAUGACGAACCAGAUACCAGCCCCUUGGAGACUUUUCUGGCUUCUCUGCACAUGUUUGAGUUCAUCUCCAUCUUGAAGAAGGAAAAGAUCGACUUGGAGGCCCUCAUGCUAUGUUCAGACAAUGACCUGAAGAGCAUCAAUAUCCCAUUGGGCCCCCGGAAAAAGAUUGUGGAUGCCAUCCAGAGGAGACGGCAAACUCUGGAGAAGCCAGAUGUCAUUGCCGACACUGAACUGUAA